AGCAGGCAGAAAAAAAAAUGGCUGAAGUUGAGGAAACGCUGAAGAGGAUCGAAGCCCAUAAAGGUGUGAUUGGGACAAUAGUUGUUAAUGCAAAAGGUAUUCCCAUCAGAACCACUUUAGAUAACUGCACGGCGGCUCAGUACGCAGGACUUCUUCACCACCUCACGAUGCAGGCCAGGAGCACAGUGAGGGAUAUCGAUCCUCAGAAUGACCUCACCUUCCUCCGCAUCCGUACCAAGAAGGAUGAGAUCAUGGUUACUCCAGAGAACGGCUAUCUGCUGAUCGUCAUCCAGAAGCUACGUGAAUAGCUGCUGGACACAGUCAGCCUUUGGUUUGUCACAUGGUGGUUGAAUGUUUUUCCACUGUGUUAUGUUGCUCCAAGCACUGCACACAUCCCUCAUUAUGUCGCGCUGUAGUAUGAAACUCAGUAUUAUGUGAACUGACUUUUUACUACUGUCUGUUUCUCCUCUAAAAAGAAUAAUAACUGUGAUAUAUGUGCCUUAUUUCUAAAAGAAAUGGUCUCUGUUCAGAAUCAAAGUUUCCUUCUGGAAGAAAAUAUCACGUCUACCUUCUAAAUAUUUGAUUUUAAAGUAAAAAUAUGUCAUUGUUUUUAUCCCUCCAUGUUAUUUUGACAAAGAUAUAAAAAGGACAUUGAUGUAACUUACUAAUUUUAUCAACUGGCUCCAGAAGAUUUAUGUCAUUAAUUUUGGUCCUUUCACCAUUCUUGUUCUGUCUGGAGAGAUAUUUGUGCUUUUAUUUCCCAAUAUAUUGAUUCAGAUUUAGUUACCCUUUCAUAUGAUAAUGUAUUGUUUGGUUUUUUUUUUCUUGCUCUUCUACCAAAAGAAAUCAAUAUUAUAUUAUCAGUCCUACUGCUUUUCAUCUUUUUUUAAUAUUUGAAAAGAUAAAUCAAGCAAUAUAUCCAAACCUUAAAUGUAUUUACUCAUUUUCUGUUCAUGUACUGUCUGUUUUUAACUGCUGUUUGUUAAUAAACAGAAAAUAAAGUCGUAUUAAUGUAUAACACGGUCCCUCUACACA